UUUGGUUGAGCCGCAGCUGUUUGUCUGUUCUACACAGGCCUGGGCCCGGCGGGGGAGACGGAGCCCCAGGUAGGAUUUCACUGCAGGCCUCCUACCUCUGCAUCCGAAGUACUGAGAUUAAAGGACUGUUGAAACCUGGAAGUCCUCCCCCUUCCCCCUCCCCCUUUGCCGCUUUGUGGCAUCCCCCUCCCUUAACCCUUUCCUACUCUUAAUAAUCUGGUCAUGACUAGCAGAAGCACAGCCCGGCCCAAUGGGCAACCCCAGGCCAGCAAAAUAUGCCAGUUCAAAUUGGUACUGCUGGGGGAAUCUGCAGUGGGAAAAUCUAGUCUGGUAUUACGUUUUGUCAAAGGGCAGUUCCAUGAAUACCAGGAAAGUACCAUUGGAGCUGCCUUCCUCACCCAGUCCGUGUGUCUAGAUGACACAACAGUCAAGUUUGAGAUCUGGGACACAGCUGGGCAGGAGCGAUACCACAGCUUAGCCCCCAUGUACUACAGGGGUGCCCAAGCUGCAAUUGUGGUUUAUGAUAUUACUAAUCAGGAAACUUUUGCCCGAGCAAAGACAUGGGUAAAGGAAUUACAGAGGCAAGCCAGUCCGAGCAUUGUUAUUGCCCUGGCAGGCAACAAAGCUGACUUGGCCAACAAGCGCAUGGUAGAGUAUGAGGAGGCUCAGGCAUAUGCAGAUGACAACAGCUUAUUAUUUAUGGAGACUUCAGCCAAGACAGCCAUGAACGUGAAUGAUCUCUUCCUGGCAAUAGCAAAGAAGUUGCCAAAGAGUGAACCCCAGAAUAUGGGGGGUGCAGCAGGCCGAAGCCGGGGUGUGGAUCUUCAUGAGCAGUCCCAGCAGAACAAGAGCCAGUGUUGUAGCAACUGAGGGGUGGCUAGCAGCAACAAGUAUGGAGUUAGCACGAGAGCUAAGAAAUCCAUCCCCACCCCUCAGCACACAGCCCCUACGGUAACAGCACACUGAGCCCUGGCUCCCAAGGGCUGCCUUCUGACAGCUCCAUCAUGGCACUUUUUAAUGCUUCAGCAACCAACACCAGGCAGCUGUUGCCACUGGCCUCCUACCCCCUACUCUGGGGCUUGGGGUCAAAUCCCCCAGGACUUACCUUCCAAAACAAACUUUCUUCACUUUGUAAAGAUUAUAGGUGCAAGACAGUGAGUGACCUUACUUUCACUCCUCCUCCCAUGUUCUUCCCCAGUUUUUCAGAAAACUCUUGUCUCCUGCCUCUUUCACUUCUGACCAGUCCCUGUUUUGAUCCUCUUUUCCUUCUCUCCCCAGGGUGGUGAAGCUGGUAAACCCAGGAAUUAAAGAGGUUUUGUUUUUUUUUUCCUAGUUCAGUUAUAUUAAGGGCCCUGUGGGGGAGGAGGGAGUAAAAGGCUCAGAGCAAGAAGGAAUAAGCAAACAUUCUGUUUUGUUUUGUUUUGUUUUUCCUGGUUGGAGUUUCUCAUUGAAAACACUGCAGUAUCUCUGAGUUGGGCUUGUGGAGGGUGUUCCAAGAUAGAGGUGAGAACAGAGAGGCAAAUUCUCAGGCAACAUGUGGGGGUCAUGUUGCUAAUUAACUAGACAAUGUCAUCUAUAGCUCCAGAUCUCUCCUUAGGCCCAGGUUCCCCUCACCCAGCCUCUUAGCUAGCUUCUCCCCUAGAGUGGGGGGUCGGACCUCAGAGUCCUCCAAAGAAUCUUCACUGGUUGCCUGCACCUUUGGCUCUGCUGUGGUCUAAUUGGAGGACGUACCAGUUUCUGAUACCCAUCCUCUGAUUUAUACAUAUGCAUUCCCCAAACCUGGCCUUGAGAUGGCCUCAUCCCCAGAUACCAUCCCCCUGCAGUUUGCACUUUAAUUGAUGGUAGGUCAGUCAGGAUACUUGUUUUAUGGGGGUUUUGAUUGGUUAGCCUGUUCUUCAACAUUUUAAUUAAGUGGAAUCUGAGAAAUAUGAGAUUUGGGGAGGCACAAUAGAAAACUGUACCAGCGGCAGCUACUCAAGCCCAGUCUGCACUGCUAGCUUCCUCCAAUUCUGUCUCAUAACCUCUAUUCUUGUCCACUUAGCUCUUAAGUAUGUCUUCUCUAGAGAAUUAAUUGAGCAACUGGGGACUGGCCUAGGGAUAGUAUGAGCCAAGGUAGGGGAGAAAAGAAAGGUCAGGCAAAAGGGAGGAGUUUUCAGUCUUUUCCCAGGGUUUGCAUUCAAUUUGCUAUCUUACCAUGUCUUUUCUACUUCCCUGUAAAUAGGUAGUGUCCACUCUACUGUACAGUCUAUUCUAUUUCCCACUUCCUAUUAGGCUCCUUUUCUCCUUUGUUAGUACCUUGAGUUUAUUAGUUCCCCUGUCUUCAUUCACCCAUACCUAUCCCCUAGUGGGUUUCAUCUAUGUACAAAUAUGGGCUAGUACCACAGAGGCCCACUUGUGUCCCCCUCAUAACACCUGUACUUAUAGACAGGAGUGACUAGAACUUAAAGUACCUCACAAUUGUCUCACAUCAUCAGAGGACUUGGUCCUUUCUAAUCUCUGGUCUCUCUUCACUUUCUUCAUCAGGGGUUUUAGGAUGUCUCUGGGAAGCCAUCAAGGCAAAAGAGAACUCAUUAGUUCCUUUAUGUUUUAGCCAGAGUUCUGGGGAAGAAAGGAAAGGCCACAAUAACCUAGGAUUAGAACCUUUAUGACCUUUUGGCUUACAGAUUGCCUUCAGUCCCAGAGCAGCUGAGAAUCCAUGAAGCUGAGACUCUGAAGGACCCAACUUAGGUUCUUCCACUUAGGCCUCCAUUCCCUUCCUUUUUCAGGGGCAGCCUUAGUUCCCAUGGCCCUGAAACACAAAUAAUUUCCAGCCUUCCUUUCCCAGAACCCAUUAGUCCUCCAAAGCACCCAGUGCAUCCUUUUUACAAGUGGGAGAUCUAGGGUAGCUCUGAAGGUCUCUUAAAAAUGAAUUCUUUCUCUGCAGUUUUCCUUACAGAGUAGGAGUGAAGUUGUUCCAUGGCCUUGAGACUGGGAAACCACUUCCCCAGGCUUUUCCCUCCCUAACUUCCUUAGGAACAGUAUUGGCCUUAGCUUCCAAGCUGGUUAUCUGCUGCCUUCCCUCUACUCCUACCAGCUCUUCUGCCUUCUUUAAGCUCUUGGGCUUGGGGGUUUUUGUUUGUUUGAGUUUCCCACUUCUUCAGUUUUUUUCUCCUGAUCAAUUUUUUAAGUGUAUUGUUUUUGUUUGCUUCUAAGAGAGCAUUUGCCUUUCCCACUCCUUCCAACAUAACAAUCGUGGUAACAGAAUGCGACUGCUGAUUUACCGAUGUAUUUAAUGUAAGUAAAAAAUGGAAGAAAAAAAAAGUA